UUGUCAAGACUAAUACAGUGAUUAAAUAAUAAAUGUAAUAAUAAAAGACAUAGUUAACAAAAUCACAUAAAUAAUGAAAUAGUUGUGUGUGUCAGAAUUGGACGUUUUACUUAUUUCCUAUAAUUUAAGAAAUUAAAGGGUCAAAAGGAAAGGGUAACCCACCCCUCUAUCCAAUGAAUAUAUAUUUUGUGUAUUUUUAUGGUAUUGAAUUAUCAUCCACGUUCUUCGUUAAUCGGUGCUCGUCUGAUCACAUGUAAACGAUAGGGAAAGGGCUGCUCUGUGAUUGUGUGCAUUUGAUUGGUGUGUGUGUGUGUGUGUGUGUGUGUGUGUGUGUGUGUGUGUGUGUGUGUGUGUGUGUGUGUGUGUGUGUGUGUGUGUGUGUGUGUGUGUGUGUGUGUGUGUGUGUGUGUGUGUGUGUGUGUGUGUGUGUGUGUGAGAGAGAGCUGCCUCGGAGCUGGGCAGGGCAGGGCUACUGGGCAGGCAAUAACACAAUGACAUCAUCCAAUGAGGGAGCCGGAGAGGGAGAGAGAGAGAGAGAGAGAGAGAGAGAGAUAGAGUGUGUGUGUGUGUAUGUGUGUGUGUGUGUGUGUGUGUGUGGAGGAGCACACGAGCGAGUCAGCCCAAUGCGCCCCACGCUAGGAGACUCGUCUUAGAUGCGGAGAGAGGAGCAGCAGCACGAGAGUGGGAAGCAUGUGUGUGUGUGCGUGCGCGCGCGUGUGUGUGUGGGUGAGUGACCGGGCUAGUGGUCAACAUUGAGGCAGCUGCAGGACUCUCCCCUGGAGUUGUUGUUUUUUUUCUUCCUCCCCUGCAGAUUUCUUCUUCUUCUUCUUCUAUUGCAACUCUGCCCUUCAUCCCUUCAUCAGUUAGCCGCCCCACCCGGCCCCCCGCCCCACCCGGCCCCUGCUCCAGGCGGCUUCUCCGGGCAUGCUGCUGAAGCCAAAGUAUGACCGCUUCCGCAACGACUCUGUGACCUCCGCCGACGACCUGAUGCAGAGCUUGGCCAUGAGCGGCAAAGUGGUGGCCACGCCGGUGGUCCCUUCCUCCACCCCCAGCCUGCCCCUGCCCCCCCUCCCCCCUCUGGACCCCAGGUCCUCCGCCGCGGCCCUGGCCGACUCCCCCUGCCUGGACGGGGAGCCGGACGCCACCACCACCUUCUGCAUGCUGAUCCCCCGGAUGCCCCAGUGGAAGUUCUCCAACUCCCUGCUGAGCCGCAGCCCCUCCAGCUCCAGCAAGGACUCGGCGAAGGCUUCCUCGACGGGCCCCUCCUCCUCCUCUUCCUCACACGGCCCCCCCGGCGGCGUGGCCCCCCCGGCCAGGGGCCCCGUGGCCAGCCUGGCCGCGGUGCUGAACUCCUGCGACCCGGUGUGCGUCACCCCCUGCUCCCUCCAGGCCUUCAGGGGCCAGAGAUCCGCCGGCAGCUCGGCCAUCCUGGGGGGGGGCCAGGGCUUCGGCCCCACACCGGAGACCACUGGGAGCCCCGGGGGCGGCAACUCCAGGGCAGGCAUGAGUCGCAGGACCCGGGUGGAGGGCAUGUGGCUGGAGGGGGAGGAUUUUAGCCAGAAAGCAGGCUUCCUCCAUAAGCCGUCUCAGGGCUGGCUGCACCCCGACAAGAAGAUAACCGCCGGGGCGUCCUAUAUCGUCAGAUACAUGGGCUGCAUCGAGGUGCUGAAAUCGAUGCGCUCGCUGGACUUCAACACCCGGACUCAGGUGACGAGGGAAGCCAUCAACAGGCUGUGCGAAGCUGUGCCUGGCAGUAAGGGAGCAUGGAGGAAGAAGUCGCUGAACAAAGCUCUCCUGUCCAUCAUGGGGAAGAGUAACCUGCGCUUCGCAGGCAUGAGUAUUGCUGUCAACAUCUCCAUAGAAGGCCUCAGUCUGCUCAUCCCCACCACACGACAGGUGAUAGCACACCAUCCGAUGCAGUCCAUCUCCUUUGCCUCUGGCGGAGACACGGACACACCGGACUAUGUUGCAUACGUGGCCAAAGACCCAGUCAAUCAGCGAGCGUGUCACAUCCUGGAGUGCUCCGAUGGUUUAGCCCAGAGUGUGAUCAGUACCAUCGGACAGGCCUUCGAGCUUCAGUUCAAACAGUACCUGCACAGCCCCCCUAAAACCAUGGCCCCCUCGAUGGAGAGGACCCACCGGCUGGAGGAGCCCUCCUGGGGAGAGGAGGACGAGUCCUCGGAGCACGACUACUACAACAGCAUCCCCGGGAAGGAGCCUCCGCUGGGGGGCGUGGUGGACUCCCGGCUCCGGCCCAGCACCUCACUCAUUGGUCACAUCCACACCCAGCCCCAGAGCAAGGCAGCCAAUCAGCUGUGCUCAUCCGGGAGGAGAGACCCAGGGUCCUUUGCUGCAGGACAGCUGUGCUACGAGCUGCACUGGGACACUGAAGCCAGCAAUAGCUCAGACGGUUACCUGUGCGCCGACGGCCAGUCGUCCAGCAGCAGGGACUAUGAGGAGCACCUGUACGUUAACACUCAGACUCUGGACGGCAUGGACGCUCUCACCCAGGGGCCCAACGGACACAAGGGCCCCGACAGUCCCCAGAAAGACAUAUUUGACAUGCGACCCUUCGAAGACGCCCUGAAGCUCCACGAGGCCAGCGGGGGAGGAGGUGCUGCCGGGUCCGGAGGAGGAGGAGCAGCAGGAGGAGGAGGAGGAGUGGGCGUGGUGGUCCUAGAGGACCAGUGGCCCAGCCCGCCGCGCCGCCGCGCCCCCGUUGCCCCCACUGAGGAGCAGCUCCGCAGGGAGUCCUGGUACCACGGGCGCAUGAGCCGGCGGGACGCCGAGAAGGUCCUGAUGCGGGACGGGGAUUUCCUGGUCCGGGAGAGCACCACCAACCCGGGCCAGUACGUCCUGACGGGCAUGCACUGCGGGCUGCCCAAGCACCUGCUGCUGGUGGACCCCGAGGGCGUGGUCCGGACCAAAGACAUGUUAUUCGAGAGCAUCAGCCACCUGAUCUCGUACCAUUUGAAGUAUGAGCUUCCCAUUGUGGCUGCGGAGAGCGAGCUUCACCUCCAGCAGGUGGUCCGCAGGAAACAGUGACCGCGCCCGACCUGGGCCCCCGGGGGCCAGUUGGGAGAGCCCUGCGUUGAGCGGAUCCAGAGAUCAACCUUCUCAGAAGCUGAAGUCAGACGCUGAACACGGUAAGGAGAGAGGGGACCUAACCCCAUCCUUUUCCCCCACGGACGUCCCAGGAUAACAGAGAGGGUCGUGGCUCUCACAUUCUACUCUCCCUCCUGACUUAGUAGCGUUAUCAACUGUUGACAAUUUGAGUUGCCCACAGCCUCCAGCAUGCUGUCUUUAAGCUAGCCUACCUCUGUUUGGGAGAACACCACAAGUCAGCCCAAUCGCAGGCGUGCGAUCGCUUGCCAACUGAUGUCCGAUGUCCGAUGCUGUUUCAGUGACGACAAGCUCUUUGCAAAGAGAGCAUGGGUCACACUCUUUGCAGUCCAGGGAGUCACGCAGAAGAGUCUGGGGUCAGAGAUGGAAGCCAUAAGCCGUUAACAUUACCACUGAAAAACUCUCAAAGAAAUUCAAAAGGAUGGAUUCCACUUUACAACACAACCAAUGUCUGGUCAAGCUACGCGGUUGACCAGCAGCUACAUCAAAGAAGAGUAUGGUUCAUGGAAAUAUAUUGUUUCAUACCUGUCUCCGAAGGCACAAUUGAUAGGGAUACAAUGAGGAGGAUGCGAGACUUUUCCACCUUUAACAUUAGCCAUGAACUGACAGCAUGUCCCGUUUAUCAUUUCUCCCUCAUAAUCUCAGGAUACAAUUAUUAUGCAGUCUUUUAACAGAGAAACACAUUUUAACAGAAUACAUUUUUGCAAAACAUUUAUUAUUUGUAUUUUGAAUUGCUGGAAUUUUAUUUGGGUAGUUUAAAACCUUUAACGUUGUGGGAAUUCAUUUUGGGCAAUUUCACCUGGUAAUACGGUACAUGUCAAGAGUCAACAGAUGGCCCAUUCUGUCAUGCUUUGAUCGCCAGCUCUUGCAAGAGUUCCUACAUACAGAAAAUUGUUACCCAGACGGUAAUCCAGUCACUACUCUACUCAACGGUAACUUUACUAUACUGUACGUGUGGUAGGUAAUGGAAAGUCAAUGUGGGCUGAAAGGGAGGGAUAUCCAAUCCGAUAUCUCCCUUUGUGGUAGGCUGUCCACCUGAUGUUUAAAGCCUUGAAUGCAGUCUGCGUCAUCACUUGUCCUGAUAUCACUUUGUGUGCUGUUGUUUGUACAAUCUGGGCUAAUCUGAAACGCCUGUGUAUUGUAAUGAAAGAUCACUGAGAUUGUGUUUCUUGGUCAAGUGAGAGAACCUCUAUGCUACAGUAACACACUACUAUACUUUCAUACACAGCACAUGUCUACGUGUCUUCAGUCUUUUGAUGUUUAGUGCCUUAAUGACUACAGAGACGGGCAGGUGCUGCCUGCAUCUACCACUAGGGGGUGACAACGAGCUGUGUACAUAUUUUAGUUUUGGUACUCUUCCUUCGUUUCACUAGUUUUUGUUGCCAUGCCAAUGAAUGUGUUCAGGGUGACUAAGCUCCUAUACGUGAUAUAAGCUGCUCUGGUUUUUUGAGUACGAAUGACAUUUAAUAUAUAGUUGUUUUAUUGUACAAGUGUCCUAGACUGAAUAUGCUUUCGUAAAAAUAUCUAUGUAAAACUAUUAUUUUAGUUUUUUUGUAAGACAUUAUAUCCUGUGUCUAGACUUCACAAAAUGUUUCAAUGAUCUGUUUGUAUUAGUUCUGAGUUCUACUGGGGCCUCUAUGUGUAGAUUAGGCUGAAUGGGUUUGCAUUUGGAUUCAUCUGUCUUGAAUAAGUUCUCAGCUCUUCAGCCCUACAGUCCCCAGAACUGCAGAUCAGGCCUAAAAACCAGUUAGUAGAAAAACAAGGAGCCGAGAUAGUGUGUAAGUUACACAUUUUCCUUUCUGUUGCACCUAUUUAGUUUUCCCCGGAAGCUUUCUGUCACUGAUCAUUUCCAUUAUCAACUGUGAUGUUUUGUCAAUAAAGUGAAAUGCAUCGUU